AUGAAGGUCCAUGUUACCGACAGCAUAUGUAACUUCGUCAAAAAUGAGAAAACCCAUGCUCCUCGGCUCACAGCCCGUGUGGUGCUAACUGCUAUCCUGGCAGUGCUUGGUGGUGGAUUUCAUUUCGGAUUUCAAAUCUCUAUAAUUAAUCCAAUGGCUGAGAUAUUGCAGACUUUCUUGCUGGAAAAUUUUCAUAAAAGAUACUCCUACACGCUGUCACAAUCCGAUUUGUCUUUAAUUUGGUCAACAAUUGCCGGUUCUCUUUUCAUUGGUGCCGCAUUUGGAGCCUAUCUUAUGUCAAAGAUUUUGGAUCUUUGGGGUCCUAAAUUUGGUAUCCUUUGCUCAGCAAUAGUCAGUUCAUCCUUCUUAUAA